AUGAGCAGAAAAGGGGAUCAGGGGGCAGACAGAUGUCCCUAAAUUUCUGUUUUAAAGAAAGCACCAAAUUGCUAAAUGUCAGAGGAGAAACAGUAGAUGGUAAGACAGGGAGAGCCUGCUCUGUGAUCUAAACAAUCCACUCACCGCAGGGUUAUGUGUCUCUGCGGAGGGAGAUGAUCCGUGCUGAAUAUCGGAAGGUGUACCACUUGCUUUACGAGGAAGAGAGACGUUAUUUAGAGAGAAUGGAGAAAGAAAGCAACGAGAUUUUACAACAACUCAGAGCAAGUGAGGACAGCAUGGACCAAAAGGGAAAAGUCCUAAGAGGAAUGUAUGAGGACCUCAAGAAAACGUGUCAUGAACCAGACGUGGAGCUGCUCCAGCAUUUUGAAAACACUUUAAAAAGGAGUGAGUCAGUGCAGCUGCACAUGCCCCACCCUGUGGAUCCACGGCUCAGUUCAUGGCCCAUCACGGGGCUGAUAGAGAGACUCAACCAUUUUCUUGUGCCCAUUUUUUUUGAGAAUGAAACAACGACCUGUCACAUGCCGCUGUUUGAAGAUCUGAGACGUUGGCUCUUCAGUCGCGAUCAUCCUGACGUUGUCACUAAUGCAACAAGAUCAAAAUACUUUCUGGCAUGGGGAGCCCAGACAUUUACCUGUGGUCAGCAUUACUGGGAGGUGGAUGUGGGGAACUGUCGGAACUGGGCCCUUGGAUUUUGCGAUGAUUCUUGGACAAUGAGGAAUGACAUGGCGCUUGACUCAGAGGGGAUUUUUCUACUCUUUUGUAUCAAAGGGGACAACCAGUGUCGUCUCUUUAGCUCCUCUCCACUGUCGCCUCAAUAUGUAGAAAGGCCUCUGGGCCACGUGGGGGUGUUCCUGGAUUAUGAGUGUGGUGUGGUGAGCUUUGUGAACGUGGCCAAUUGCUCCCUCAUUUGCAGUUUCCUCUCACGUUCCUUCUGUCUUCCUCUCCGACCCUUUCUAUGCUCUGCACCCUCAUGAGGAGGGACAUGUCAGAAAGUGACCGCAAGCGUCAGCUCAGCGAAGUGCCUGCUUGAUGGUCUUCAACGUCUUCCUUUAUCCAACCCAUUGACUAUUUUUAAAGGUUGAUAAUUACAAGUGUAUACAUUUGUUUCCAUUGUAUUUAAAUAAAAACAAUCUCUCUUAGA